UUAAUGGAACAAUAACUUUACUUGGAAACGUAAAACUCUCGCUACUUUUUCUUUCUUUCCUUUUUUGUCCUUAACCAUGGUUAACCUCACUACCACCGAAAAUAAGCACUCAUAGUCAUCAUCUAACUCAUCUCCCAAUUUUCCCCACAAUAAAAUUCCAAUCUAUCCCAUCAAAAUAAAUUAAAAAAUUCCCAAAAAAAAAACCCAAUUUAUUUAACCUCACAGAAAAAAAAAACUGAGAAUAAAAAACCCCCCAAAACAAACAAAGCAAUUAGGGUUUGACUGAUUGAACCCAGAAAUUCACGAUAAAAAAUCAUCCAAAGAGGAGAGAGAAAAAGAGACAGAGAAAAAGGGCAAAAAGGAGAAAAAAAAAGGAAAAAAGAAAAAAAAAAUUAAUUUAAAGGCACAAAUCAGCAGAUUCCGACGAGUUCGGAUUGAACGGCCAAAAAAACCCACAUCUUCUUCUUCUUCUUUCUCCGAUCUAUUAAAUUGGGCCCACAAAUUUACCGCCAAAAUUCACUUUUUUUUUCCUCUUUCUCUCUCCUAACACUGCUCAUUGAUUAUCAUCACAUCUUAUAGUUUUUCAGAGUGAGAUUAAAAAAGGAAAAAGAAAAAAGGAAGUGAGUUGGUGGGGUAUUAUUGUUUUUUUUUUUUUUUUUGGUUGGGGGAAAAAUUGACACUCAAUUUUUUAGAAGUGGGGGCAAAAUUUGAAUUGAGGGGUUUGUCAUUUUGUUGAAAAGAAUUUGUGGGAAGUUUCCAAAAUUUGAUUUUUUUUUUGGGGAGUUUUUUUAGGGGUUUUAUUUUAUGCAAUCUGGUGGUGGGUCCCAGCAUACUGGCGCCGGUGGACAUGGCCGGAGUCCGGCGUCUGCUGCCGCAUCGCCGACGUCGUCGUCAUCCGCCGUUUCGGCUUCGCAACAACAGCAGCAUUUAGGGUUUGAUUCGUUUCAGCAACAACAGCAACAAAAUCAGCAACAACAGCAACAAAAUCAGCAACAACAGCAACAAAAUCAGCAACAUCAACAACAAAAUCAGCAACAUCAGCAACAACAGCAGCUACAUAGACAGUCACUACAACAUCAACUACUACGGAAACCUGAAGGAAAUGAAGCCAUCCUAGCUUAUCAAGCAGCUGGCUUCCAAGGUGUCAUGGGAGGGGCUAAUUUUAUGGCAUCUCCAAGCUCAUUGCAAUAUGCGCAGCAGCAAAGAAAGUACCUUGAUAUGGCACAGCAGCAUGGAUCCCCUCAUUUACGUGAAGAAGGUCAAAAUAAAAAUCAUGUUCAUGAGCAACAGGGAGUAAAUCCUGUCCAUCAAGCGUAUAUGCAAUAUGCUUUCCAGGCUGCAAAGCAAAAGUCUGGUUUAGGCAUGCAACCCCAGGGGCAAGCCAACUUGGGAAUCGGGAGCCCUUCAUCUGGAAAGGACCAGGACAUGCGAAUGGCAAAUUUGAAGAUGCAAGAUCUUGUUUCGAUGCAAGCAGCUAACCAGGCCCAGGCAGUAGCAUUAAAGAAGUCAGCUGAGCCUUUUGGUCGUGUUGAGAAGCAGAUAGAACAAAGCCAACAAGGGGGUUCUGAUCAGAGAAAUGAGCCAAAGCCUCCUUUGAUGCAGACGACAAUGGGACAUCCUGCGUCUGCCAAUGUAAUGAGGCCUGUACAACAUCCACAGGCUCAGUCAGGGAUUCAGAGCAUGGGAAAUAACCACAUGGCUGUCGCUGCUCAAUUACAGGCAUGGGCACGUGAACGCAAUAUCGAUCUGUCGCAGCCUGCAAAUGCCAAUUUGGUGGCACAACUGAUGCCUCUCAUGCAGUCUAGGAUGAUUGCUCAGCAUAAGACAAAUGAAGGGAAUUCACAAUCUUCUCCUGUUCCUGCUCAAAGACAGCAGGUUACUUCCCCGCCAGUUACUAGUGAAAGUUCACCUCGUGCAAAUUCUUCAAGUGAGGUUUCCGGGUCGUCAGCUACCAGAGCUAGGCAAACAGUUCCACCUGGUCCCUUUGGCCCAGCUUCAAAUGCUGGUAUAGGUAAUAUUAGUAGCAAUUUGCCUUCACAGUUCUCUGUACACAGUAGAGAAAAUCAGGCACCUUCAGUGCAGUCAGGAAUGGUGGGAAAUGGAAUGGCUUCUGUCCAGGCAUCACGACCUCCUAUGAACUUGAACCAAGGUUCAGAACAUUCUAUGAAUGUCAAAAAUGCAUCAACUGGUCAGGAAGCAUUGCAAUUGCAGCAUCUCAGGCAGUUGAAUCAGUCCUCACCUCGACCAGCUAGUGCAACUAAUGAUGGAGGUUCAGGGAAUCAUCUUCCUCUCCCAGCUCAGCCACCGUCUCAGAUCUCUCAACAGCAAUCUGGCUUCACUAAACAACAACUUCAUGUUCUGAAGGCACAAAUACUUGCUUUUAGACGUUUGAAGAAAGGGGAAAGCACUCUUCCCCAGGAACUACUUCGAGCUAUUUCUCCACCUCCUCUGGAAUCACAACUUCAGCAGCCUGUUGUUCCUGCUAGUUCUACUAUUCAGGAUAAAUCUACUGUCAGGAGCGGUGAUGAAAGUGCAAAGCAUGCAGAGUCUGGCGAGAAAGCUCUGACGGCUCCUCCUCCUGUGCUUGCAAAAGAGGAGGUUGCUACAAUUGAUGAAAAAGCAACAACCUCAAAUAAUAUGGCAGGUGUGACAUCUGUUUCUAGAGAGGCUUCUUCAGUCUUAUCUUCUGGGAAGGAGGAUCAGCAAUCUACUCCUGUUGCUGUUAAAGCUGAACAAGAAGUUGAACGCAAUAUACAGAAAACUCCUAUCAGAAAUGAUUUGAGCAUGGACAGGGGAAAGGCCAUUGCAUCGCCAAUAGCUGGUGAAAGUGCACAGGCUAGAAAACCCCUGCAGGCUGGCUCUGUAUCACAGCCAAAAGAUAUUGGGUCAAGUAGAAAGUACCAUGGCCCAUUAUUUGAUUUCCCCUGUUUUACCAGAAAGCAAGAUUCUCUGGGGUCAACAGUUAUGGCUAAUAACAAUUUAUCUUUAGCUUAUGAUAUCAAAGAUGUCCUUUCUGUCGAAGGUAUGGAAGUACUUAAUAGUAAAAGGGCUGACAACUUGAGGAAGAUUGGCGAGUUGUUAGCUGUCAACUUAGAGAGGAAGAGGAUCAGGCCAGAUCUUGUUGUACGUCUGCAAAUUGAAGAAAAGAAGCUUAAACUUUUGGAUCUUCAGGCACGUGUUAGGGACCAAGUAGAUCAAGAGCAGCAGGAGAUUAUGGCAAUGACUGACAGGGAGUAUCGGAAGUUUGUGCGUAUUUGUGAGCGGCAGCGUUUGGAACUUUCAAGACAAGUUCAGGCGUCACAGAAAGCUAUGAGAGAAAAACAACUUAAGUCGAUAUUUCAAUGGCGCAAGAAGCUUCUCGAGGCACACUGGGCCAUUCGUGACGCUCGAACUGCUCGCAACCGAGGUGUUGCAAAAUAUCAUGAGAGGAUGCUUAGAGAAUUUUCAAAGAGAAAGGAUGAUGACAGAAAUAAAAGGAUGGAGGCACUGAAGAAUAAUGAUGUUGAAAGAUACCGGGAAAUGCUUCUGGAGCAGCAGACUAGCAUGCCAGGUGAUGCUGCUGAACGAUAUGCUGUUCUCUCAACAUUUUUGUCCCAGACAGAAGAAUAUCUUCACAAAUUGGGGAGCAAAAUUACUGCUACUAAAAGUCAGCAAGAGGUCCAAGAGGCAGCGGCUGCUGCUGCUGCUGCUGCUCGAGCUCAGGGCCUAUCAGAAGAAGAAGUCAGAGCUGCGGCUGCUUGUGCUGGUGAGGAGGUCACAAUAAGGAAUCAGUUUUCUGAAAUGAAUGCGCCUAGGGAUAAUUCAUCUGUGAACAAGUAUUACAGUCUUGCGCAUGCUAUAAAUGAGAGGGUUAUGAGACAACCGUCGAUGUUAAGGGCUGGGACUUUGCGAGAUUAUCAGCUAGUUGGUUUACAGUGGAUGCUUUCUUUGUAUAACAACAAAUUGAAUGGAAUAUUGGCAGAUGAAAUGGGUCUUGGGAAAACUGUACAGGUGAUGGCGCUGAUUGCUUACUUGAUGGAGUUCAAAGGGAAUUAUGGACCUCAUCUAAUUAUAGUACCUAAUGCUGUUUUGGUGAACUGGAAGAGUGAGUUGCAUACCUGGCUGCCAUCUGUAUCUUGCAUAUACUAUGUUGGUGCAAAGGAUCAAAGAUCCAAAUUAUUUUCUCAGGAAGUUUGUGCCAUGAAAUUUAAUGUUCUUGUCACAACCUACGAGUUCAUUAUGUAUGAUCGUUCUAAGCUUUCUAAAAUUGAUUGGAAGUACAUCGUUAUAGAUGAAGCUCAACGAAUGAAAGAUAGAGAAUCUGUUUUGGCACGUGACUUGGACAGGUAUCGCUGCCAAAGGCGUCUUCUAUUGACAGGGACUCCAUUGCAGAAUGAUUUGAAGGAGCUGUGGUCACUGUUAAAUUUACUUCUGCCUGAAGUGUUUGACAAUCGCAAAGCAUUCCAUGACUGGUUCUCACAACCAUUUCAAAAAGAAGCUCCUACUCAUAAUGCAGAGGAUGAUUGGCUUGAGACUGAAAAGAAAGUUAUUAUCAUUCAUAGGCUUCAUCAAAUUUUGGAGCCAUUUAUGCUCAGGCGUCGGGUUGAAGAUGUAGAAGGCUCCCUUCCACCUAAGGUGUCAUUUGUGUUAAAAUGUAAGAUGUCUGCUAUUCAGGGUGCCAUAUAUGAUUGGGUCAAAACAACUGGGACUCUUCGUGUGGAUCCAGAGGAUGAGAGUCUUAAGGUCCAAAAGAAUCCUUAUUACCAGGCUAGAACUUAUAGAACUUUAAAUAAUAGGUGUAUGGAACUUAGGAAAAUUUGCAAUCACCCAUUGCUUAGUUAUCCAUACUUUUAUGACCUCUCAAAAGAGUUUCUUGUGAAGUCAUGUGGAAAAUUGUGGAUGUUGGAUAGAGUUCUAAUUAAACUUCAAAGAACUGGGCAUCGUGUGCUCCUCUUUAGUACAAUGACGAAGCUUCUUGACAUCCUGGAGGAAUAUCUACAAUGGAGGCGACUCUUGUAUAGGCGAAUUGACGGAACUACUAGCUUGGAAGACCGAGAAUCUGCCAUUGUGGACUUCAAUAACCCACAGUCUGAGUGCUUUAUCUUUUUGCUAAGUAUCCGUGCUGCCGGACGAGGAUUAAAUCUUCAGACUGCUGAUACUGUUAUCAUAUAUGAUCCUGAUCCAAACCCUAAAAAUGAGGAACAGGCAGUUGCUAGAGCUCAUCGGAUUGGGCAAAAGAGGGAAGUCAAAGUCAUAUACAUGGAAGCAGUUGUUGAUAAAAUAUCCAGUCACUUGAAGGAGGAUGAGUUCAGAAGUGCCGGGAUGGUUGACUUAGAGGAUGAUCUUGUGGGAAAAGAUCGGUAUAUGGGCUCGAUUGAAAGUCUUAUUAGAAACAACAUUCAACAAUAUAAGAUUGAUAUGGCAGAUGAAGUCAUCAAUGCAGGGCGGUUUGAUCAGAGAACAACACAUGAAGAGAGACGAAUGACGUUAGAAACACUGUUACAUGACGAAGAGAGGUAUCAAGAAACUGUCCAUGAUGUUCCCUCUCUGCAGGAGGUUAAUCGAUUGAUUGCAAGAAGUGAAGAAGAAGUUGAGCUCUUUGAUCAGAUGGAUGAAGAGUUCAAUUGGAUUGAGGAGAUGACGAGGUAUGAUCAGGUACCUGAGUGGCUUCGUGCUAGUACAAAAGAAGUUAAUGCAGCCAUUUCUGCUUUGUCCAAGAAGCCAUCAAAGGACGUAAUAAGUGGUAAUGCUGAAGUGGAAGCAGGUGAAACUGAGAAGAGAAGGGGGAGACAUAAGGGGAAGAAACUUCCUGUGUACACAGAGUUGGAUGAUGACAUUGGAGAGUCCUCUGAUGCUAGUUCUGAAGAGAGAAAUGGAUAUUCUGCUCCGGAAGAGGAGGUUGAAGUUGGAGAAUACGAAGAUGAGGAAGAUGCAGCAGCUGCAGCCAACAAAGACCAGUCAGAGGAGGAUGUUCCUGUUAAUGAUGGGUUUGAUUAUCCUCAGCUGCAGGCAGCAAAGACCAGAACUGCUCAUAUUGUAGAAGAUCCUAGAUCACCUGGAUCGUCAUCCGACAGUCGAAGGAUGACACGAGCAGUCUCUCCCUCUGUAUCUUCUCAAAAGUUCACUACUCUAUCAGCUAUAGACGCCAGGCCUAGCUCUGGUUCAAAAAAGCUGCUUGAUGACCUAGAAGAAGGUGAAAUUGCUGUCUCUGGAGAUUCACAUUUGGAUAUACAGCAAUCAGGUAGUUGGAAUCAUGAGCGUGAAGAAGGGGAAGAUGAACAGGUGGUGCAGCCCAAAAUCAAAAGAAAACGGAGCAUAAGACUUAGGCCAAGGCAUACUAUCGAAAGACCAGAAGAGAGGUAUUGUGAAAAAAUGUCUCUUCAACGUGGAGAUCCAUCACAAUCUCAUUGUUUAACGGAUCAAAAGUUUGGAAGUCAACUAAGGAUUGAUCCUGAGUCCAAAACAGUCGGAGAUUCUUCUACUCCAAAGCAAGAUCAAAGUGAUAUGUCUUCAAAAACUCGUCGAACCUUACCUUCUAGGAGAACCGGGAGUACGUCAAAGUUGCAUGCCUCUAGUAAACCUGGUCGAUUGAAUAGCUUGUCCAAUCCCUCUGACGAAGCUGGUGAAAACUCCAGGGACAGUUGGGAGGGUAACAGAGAUGUAAACACAUCCGGAAAUUCAAGCUAUGGUGCUAAGAUGUCCGACAUCAUUCAAAGAAGGUGCAAAAGUGUGAUUGGCAAGGUCCAGAGGAGGAUAGACAAGGAAGGACAUGUUGUACCUCUCCUUACAGAUUUGUGGAAGAGAACUGAAAGUUCUGGGCAUACGAAUGGGCCAGGAAACAAACUGUUGGAUUUACGUAAAAUAGACCAUCGAAUUGACAGAUUACAGUAUUGUGGAGUUAUGGAAGUUGUUAGUGAUGUGCAAUUGAUGUUAAAGAGUGCAGUGCAAUAUUAUGGUUUCUCACAUGAGGUGAGAUGUGAAGCAAAAAAAGUGCAUGAUCUGUUAUUCGACAUAUUGAAGUCAUCUUUUCCAGACGUUGAUUUCCAAGAGGCGAAAAGUACAGUUUCCUUCUCUGGUCCACCAUCAACUGUGGCUUCGGCUGCUUUGAGGUCCACAUCUGCAUCACAAGGUAGUAGAAAGAGUAGACCAAUGAACGACGUUGAACGCGACAUGAACCCAUCUCCUAGGCAGUCAUUGCGAGGACCCAUCUUGGCUAAUGAAGACUCGAGGAUGACGAGAUCCCAACCUGUUAAAGAAUCAAGACUUGGCAGCACCAGUAGUAGUCGAGACCUCGGGCAGCAAGAUGACCCUCCCUUGCUGACUCAUCCAGGUGACUUGGUGGUUUGCAAGAAAAAGAGGAAAGACAGAGAAAAGCCUGCUGCUGUGAAUACAAGAUCUGGGUCCACAGGGCCUGUCUCUCCUCCAAGUAUGGGACGUAGUAUAAGAAGCCCUGGUUCAGUAUCAACCCCGAGGGAGAGUCGAGUUGGGGCCCAACAGCAAAUGUGGUCAAAUCAGUCAGGCCAACAGGUUAAUGGCAGUGGUAGUAGUGGUGGCGCAAUUCCAAUGGGAUGGGCAAACCCUGUAAAGAGAUUGAGGACGGAUGCGGGAAAGAGGAGGCCGAGCAUUAUGUGAUUUAAAGCAUUUACAAUUGAUGUAGUAUGGUGUUGAAAGAAAAUUCCUUUGCCCUUGAAUAUGUAAGCAAGUAUAGGGUAAUUAGUAGAUCUGUACAAGUACAGUUACAUUUAGGCUUAGGCAUUACCCGUUUUAUUAAGAGCUUUUGCUUCCUUUAGUAUGGUUAUACUUUCUUUUCUUGAAUAUAAUGCGAGCAUCACUGCCGCCUUUGUAAAUCUGGUGCUCUUCCUGUGAAUGUUAUAUGCUCUCACAGCAGUCUCCUCUGCUAGAAUGAUGCUCCUUUUGAGUUUUGACCCAUCUAUCUAUCUAUUAAUAUAUUAUCUACCACAA